UAGACAGGACGCCACUACAGAUACAGCUCACCCUGCUCUCAGACUGCGAUACAGGUGCCAUGUCUUCCCCCGGAGCCACCUCCAGCUCUCUGAGCAGCCUGGCGCCCAAAAGGAAGACCAAGAAGAAGCAUUUCGUGCAGCAGAAAGUGAAGGUUUUCCGAGCCAGUGACCCCGUGCUGAGCGUGCUGAUGUGGGGCGUCAAUCACUCGAUUAACGACCUGAGCCACGUGCCUGUACCUGUCAUGCUGCUCCCAGACGACUUCAAAGCCAGCACCAAGAUCAAAGUCAGCAACCACCUCUUCAACAAAGAGAAUCUUCCAGGACAGUUCAAAUUUAAAGACUACUGCCCGCAGGUGUUCAGAAACCUGCGAGAGCGCUUCGGUAUAGAGGACCAAGAUUAUCAGGUGUCUCUGGCCCGCAGUCCUCCACUAAAAGACGAGGAGGGGCAACGCGUGGAGCUGCUGCUGACAUCAUACGACCACACAUUGAUAAUAAAAGAAAUCUCCAGUGAGGAGGUGGAGGAAAUUCACAACAUCCUCUCUGAGUAUCACCAGAGAGAGUGCUGGAGUCGCAAACACUUACGGUAA